AUGUAAAUAUACUAUAAAUACUUUAAGAUUGUCUAUUUUUUAAUUCACAAAUAAUUUUGACAAAUCAGUGGAGUUGGGUACGCUGUUGUAUUAAAAUCUUUAUAAAUACAUACGCUUGCGGUCAAUAAAAACUCACCACCAAAUAUAAUUAAAAUAAGAUCACAUGAGUACUUUGUUUAUAAAGUUAGAAAAUAGGGCAAUUUUUAUAUGUUUGGUCACUAGUAUAAAUUAUGUAGUUAUCCAUAAAAUUUGCUUUACAGAACCAAAAUACGAUUAUAACUGAACAGUGUGCAACCCAAUUUCAUAAAAUAUUUAUUUAUCUCGCAUUGCCUACCUAAUCUAGGAUACAUUUUUUCAAUUUUACAGUUAUACAUAUAGCUGAAGUUUGUCUACAAAAGUGCUGCUGCAUUUUUAUUGAGCGCAAGUGUAUAUAUUUAUAGGAUAUCUUCGAAAAUUAAUAAUUUUUAACCUUAAUAUAAUAUUUUAAAAAUAUGAACGUACAUAGAUUUAAUUUUUUUUUUUAAAUUUUUAUAAACUAUUAUUUACCAUAGUUUAGAGUAUGCAAUAAACUAUGGCAAACAAAUUAUGACCGAAAAUUAAACAGAUCUACAUUAAAUCAUGGACUUUAAAGAAAAAAGUUAAAUAUUUCAAGAUUGCUUAGAAAUAAAUAUAAUAAAAGUAAUUGAGGAAAUGUGUAGCUAAAACAUUUACUUACUAAUUAGAUAUAAAUAUAUAUAUACUUAUAUAUAUAUAUAUACAUAUAUACACUUAUAUUUUUUUGUAAUUAUGUGUAUAGCGAUCAUUUGGUAAUCAUCCACCGCUUACCUGCGUGUACGGAAAAUUUCAAAAUCAAAACCAUUUAAAAGCGGUAAUUAUCAAAAACCACACCUACACACAUACCCGCUUGUGUGGGCUAAGCAUGAUUGCAUUUAAAAAAUAAAAAAAUACACUAAAUAAAUAUUUGUGCGUUUACUUAUAUUUAAGGCUUAAAUAGAUAACAUGCCUAAGUGAUAAAUGACGUGGCUUAUUAUACAUACCUAUGUACAUACAUACGUAAAUGGGUGCACUAUUGUUUUGUGCUUGUUUUAUUGUAAUAAAUAUUUUUAUCUGUAUUUCCAGGAAUAGGAAAUGUGCGCCAUUUCUUUGUAUGUAUGUAAAUGGUGUACAUAUGCAAACAUGUGUAAACAUUAUAUAAUUUAUUGCAAAUAUGAGUUAUAUACAUAUAUAGCAAUUAGUCUGUUCUGCUGAAAUAUAAAAUUAGACUCAAAUGGGUCGACCACUUCUCAAAUAGGAAUACGAAAUUUUGCUAUAUGUAUAUACAUAUGUAACGUUGCAAUUUAUGAUAGACCAUGUGAAAAUGUAUGUACGAUUUGUUUAUAUGUAUGUAUGUACAACUUGCGUGAAUUAAAAGCGUUUAAAUUAAUUCUACAUAUGUAUGUACAUUACAUAUAUACAUGCGUAUGUAUCGAUGAAAGUGUGUGUAAAAGCUAAUUAAAAUCCACUUAAAAUUCUGAGCGUUGAGCAUAUUAUUUCAAAAGUCUAUAUUAUUUAGCAUAUUUAAUAUUUGUGAAGCUUAUAUGAGAGAUGCUAUAAGAAGAGUUGGAUAAAUAAAAAAAUACUAGCUUCAUUUUUGAGAAUUUGGUACAAUGUAAUAUUGACGGAGUAUAUUUUCAUUUAUCAUUCAUUCCUUAAUUUGAAAGAAAAAAGAUUAAGGUAAAAUAUAUGUAUAUGAAAAAAAAAUAUAUAUAUAAAUAGUAUAUAAAUUUCUCAUAACCGGACACCCACUUUCGUAGUGUUUUUGGCAAAAGCGUGUGUUUGAAAUGUAUUCUUAGAGGCAAAAGCUGCAACUCAGAAUUAUAUUUCUACUGAACUAAUAAAUGCGAGCCAAUGUCAGGCACGAGAAAAUGAAUGACAAUUAUCCCAUUAGUUUCCGUUAAGUUACUGUGAACCAUCUGGCGCCAGUGCAAGUCCAUUUGUUUCUCGUGAUCAUUUUGCGUAUUAUUUGUGGCAAAACUUCACAAACUAAUAAGAAUUACAAAAAAAGGGAACUUUAUCAGAGAUAAUUUGAACGAAAUAUUAUCUACAUAGUAUUCCUGUCCUUUCAUUGGAACGCACGUCCGGUUAUGAGAAUCGCUUUUCUAUGAAAAUAUUAAUAUAAACGUUGUUUUCAUGUUUUGUCCGUGCAUUUGAUGUUCCUAUCUGUAAUGGAUUUAAGCGAGAUUAUCUACAUACAUAAGUGAAUUUUUCUUAGACAUAAAUAACAAAAAUUAUAAUACGAUGUAUGGUAUAUGAUAAUAUAAAAUGAAGACAUAUUAUUUAAAUGCAUUGUUUGUACGACUUCUUAACCUCAAAUUGAAGCUGCGAUUCUAACCUUAAAAAAUGUCUGAAAAAUGUGCGGUUUCAAAGUUAUUUAGUUUACUCUUUUAAGUUGUUAUAAAUGCUUUGCAUAUUGUCAACAUUUCUGAUAGAAAAAGUUUGUUAAAAAAUACUUAUUUGGUAAAAAGACAUGUUUUGUAAAAAUACUUUAAAUAAAGAAUAUGAAAUAUUUGGUUAUGCCUUCAAAGAUUACCAAAGCUGUUGUUUAUAGCGUCAGCUGCUUUUGUUGUGUUCCAACUAUCCUGUGUUCCUAUUUGUAUUCCUUCCAUUUAGAAGCACAGAGGUUCCAUGGCAACCGUAUUUGUUUGGUUCUAUGAGCUUUGUUCGAUUAAUAUCCAACUAGGCACCGAAAGGAAUAAAAUUUGUUUGUGAAAACUCGUAAUGACGCUUUAUUUUGACACCAAAGUGGAAUUUCUUGACUUCGAUGCUGUUAGCACCAUCGGAAAUUGGCACCUCACCGAACCACUAUUUGCUGUAGCUUCUUACAGCCAGGAGCGUGGCGGGUCUAUAACAAUUUUCACAGAUUCGGGUGAACCUCAACGCGAUGUCACCUAUCCGGUACAUCCGACAUCGCAGGUUUCGGCACUAGCUUGGCAUCCCGAAAAAGUUUUGUUGGCCACCGGCUGGGAAAAUGGUGAUAUACAUGUUUGGUUUGCGGGCCAUCGUGAAUUCGCUAGUGUUCACGGUCCACAUAAAGCGCCUAUAGUUUUGUUGGACUUCAGCGAACAAGGUGGACGUAUGGUUACCGCCGAUUCGAUGGGUUUGCUUACGGGUUGGCGCUGCGAUGGUCAGUAUCAAUUUUUAACAAUGUUUUCACAUGAUUUGCGUGAUGUGCUGUUGCAUAUCACCUUUCGACGGACCAUUGAGAGUGAGGUGCGUGAGGAAAUUGUAAAUUUAGCCAAGGCGGCUGUAGCAGGCGAUGAUGCGGCACUCGAUACGCUAACCAACUGGCGACCGCGAACAGCGGCGAGGAGUAUGAUUCACGCUGGUGUCAAAGAUAAUCACUGUUUCUAUGUGGGUACACAAAAUGGUGUAAUGUACUACAUAAAUCAGGGUGGCGCCUGUACAGAGGUCCUCAAAAAUAAUACCGUGCCCAUCAUGCAAAUGCUGUGGCACCCUAAAAAAGAUGCCGUUAUUUGCUUGAUGGAGGACAUGACAAUUGCUUUAUAUUUGGUGGAGUCGACGGGUAUAUUAACUGAGUUGGAUCGAGUUAAGUUGAGCGGGAACAUAUCUGGCAAGGGCGGUGCUAUUUCAUGGGCGGGAAAUAGCUUGGCAAUUAUAACGGGUGAUCUAAGCGUACGGAUUUGGGAUAUCGAAAAAAGCGAUAACUAUCUACUCAAAAUGGACUUGCCUAGUACUGCAAUUUCCGUGUUAGGAUCCUCGAUUAGUCUCGACGGUAACUCUGCCAGCACAAAUGUCUUUAGCAACGACACGAGCGAAAAGUCCUCAUCUACACUAAACAGCCGUAAAUUGCAUAAAUUCAUACAACCGACAAACGAGCUCUUCACUUGCCUUGCGUACAGCACAAGCAACCAGACUCUUUGCGCCGGUACCAAUCAAGGUAACAUUUAUACUUGGAAGCGGCGUGUAGGCGUUUUCGAUAUGCCUGAGGACUCGUGGCAGUUGACUAACAUAUCGACAGUACGUGGCGCCGUUAAACAAUGCAUCUGGGGUUUCAAUGAGUUGGCCAAGCCGUGCAUGUUGAUCAACUGCAUUUCAAACGUUUACGUGCUCAAGGAACAACCUUUGUUAUCAUUUUACACCCGCGAUCUGUGGGCAGUUCAACGUAAUGCAAAAGCUAUUUAUCUUGAGCACGCGAUCGGCAAGCAUGCGCUCAUUCAAACGGAUUUUGCAAUUAUUGCCUUAGCCCUUAAUCAAAUAAAUAUGAUCAUUAGUAACGGUCGCGCUAUAUCUGCAUAUAACAUUGAGAAGGUGCAAAAGGUGGAUGACUAUAGGAUUGAGGCAUAUACAGAUGACAGCACUACCAAGGGCAGCAAUGAAAAGGAUUCAAAUCUAAAUGUGAAACUCAUACAGACUUUCAAUGCGGAGUGUUUAGGCCUGCACAUACACAAUCAGAACAUUUUCUGUUUAAACUCAAAUGAAGUGAUGAUAUACUCAAUUGGUGGCGUCGUGCUCAAUAAAAUUUUGGCAAAUGACAAUGAAGGGAAAAUUAUUGGCAUGGACCUCACUGGUGUCUAUUUGAGUGUUUUCACAAUGAAUGGUUUCGUUAAAGCUUAUGAUGUUUCUCGGCACGAUCCUAAGUUAAUUUUUCCUGGGAAAUCAGGUUACGACUUAUUUGAUGAUUUUGGUGAAGUGAUUUUAGUUAAAUGCAACACGGCUGGCACCCAUUUAGCUGUGCUAAUUGCAAAUCGCAACUUUGUUCCAAAACCCAUUCUAUAUUGCUGGAAUUUCGAACGUAAUCUUUUGAUGGAACAUAAUCUCAAACAUAAUUCGAACGAAACCAAUACUAAUUCAUGCAUGCCCGUAAAUGUAUAUUGGGAUACAGAUGAGCCACGUCUGCUUGCCAUUGAGGUGAAAUCAAUGCAGCAAGUACAGGAGCCAAAACAAAAUCAUACAAAAGCUGGGACCAAUUGUAACCAUAGUAUCGAGUCUGAAAUUAUGGUUUUAUUUUUUUCAGAAAAAAAUAAAUUAAAUAUACUCGAAACACGCUCAUUAGUCAUGGCGGAGCAACUGAUCAAUCUAUGCGUACCUAAUGUGAUAACUUUGGAUAUAAAUCUUGUUAAAGAGCGCCCACUGCAAGAUUUCGUCGAUCUUAUUAAGUGUGACCCCAACAUACGAAAAAUGGUUUUAAACUUCAGUCUACAUAUUGCCGAGGGCAACAUGGAUUUAGCUUAUCGCUCCAUACGAUCAAUUCAAUCUCCAACGAUUUGGACAAAUUUAGCAAAGAUGUGCGUUCAAACUAGUCGCUUAGAUGUGGCAAAGGUAUGCAUGGGUCAUUUGGGCAAAGCGCGCUCCGUACGUGCCAUUCGCCAAGCGAUGGAAGAUGAUGACCUUGAAGAUGAAGCAAAACUUGCGGUACUCGCUACCGAAUUGGGUAUGCACGAAAAAGCAGUUGAGUUAUACAAAAAAUGUGGCAGAUUUGAUUUGCUGAACAAAUUAUUGCAGGCGCGUGGAAAAAUAGAUGAGGCUAUAAAUGUGGCCGAGACGGAAGAUCGUGUUCACUUAAAAAAUACAUAUUUCCAUAAGGCGCAGCAAUUAAAAGAGAGCGGAGAUAUUAAGACCGCUCUGGAAUACUUUGAAAAAUCCCAUAAUCCAGUACAAAAUAUAACACAAAUGCUUCUGGAUAAUCCUCUAGCAAUGAAGCGUUAUAUGCAAAAUUGUGCUGAUCCGAAAAUGCUUAAAUGGUGGGGUCAGUACAUUGAAAGUUCUGGUGAUAUGGAUGCUGCAUUGGCCGUAUAUCAGAAGGCGGAGGAUUGGUUUUCGCAAGUUAAAAUACUUUGUUAUUUGGGGAAAAUUUCGAAGGCAGAUGUCAUAGCACGACAAUCUGGAGACAGAGCUGCCUGUUAUCACUUAGCACGUCAUUAUGAGAAUGUUGGAAAGUUCCAAGAAGCCAUAAUGUUCUACACACGGGCUCAAACGUUUAGCAACGCUAUACGUAUUUGUAAGGAAAACGAUUUCCAGGAUGAACUCUGGACCGUGGCUAGUUCUUCUCGUAGUCGUGAUAAAGCGAUUGCAGCCGCAUACUUUGAAGAGUGUGGAUCUUUCAAACGUGCUGUAGAGUUAUACCAUCGUGCUGGCAUGCUUCAUAAGGCACUAGAAAUGGCCUUUGAGUCGGAACAACCAGAAGUGCUAGAAAUAAUUGCGUCGGAAUUAACCGUUGAUUCAGACUCAGAGCUGGUGAAUCGUUGUGCGGACUUUUUCACGAGCAUCGAACAACAUCAAAAGGCGGUUUAUUUGUUGGCAAAGACAAUGCAUUUGAAGCGAUCGUUACAAAUCUGUAUGGAGAAAGGAGUGCCGAUCACCGAGGAACUCGCCGAGAUGCUCACACCGAACAAAAACGAAUUUAAUGAAGAAAUGCGAAUCGAAAUUCUUACACAGUUGGGUGAAUUGUUGCAACAACAAGGUGACUAUCACACGGCCACGAAGAAAUUCACUCAAGCCGGAGAUAAAGUGCGAGCCAUGAAGAGUUUGCUAAAAUCGGGCAGCACCGAAAAAAUCAUAUUUUUCGCUAAUAUGUCCCGACAGCGCGAGGUAUAUAUCAUGGCAGCCAAUUAUUUGCAAGCGUUGAAUUGGCAAGAGGAUGAACAUAUUCUUAAACAUAUUGUGACAUUUUACUCGAAGGGUCAAGCAUAUGAUUCCUUAGCAAAUUUUUAUGCUAUUUGCGCACAAAUCGAAAUCGAAGAAUAUCACAACUACGAAAAAGCUUUAAAGGCAAUGCUUGAGGCGGCAAAUUGCUUAAAAAAGCUAGGACAUUCACAACAUGCGCUCAAUAAUUUGGAAAAAACUAUAGCAGAUGUGCGAAAAGUUUUGGAUAUACAAAACGCAAUGAAAAAUAACGAUAAUCAAGCAGUAAUUUCCGGCUGUCGGAAUAUGUUAAUAAAACCAGAAACGCCACCAAUACGUCAAGCGGAUAUUCUUGCAAUGUUGGUUCGUGCAUUAGCUUAUUCGAAACAGUGGCCCGAAGCUGGACGAGCUUUAAAAGAAUUGGCUUUGAAGGAUAAUGCUUGGAGCACUAUUGGAUUGGUUGACAAAGCCUUAGUGCAAAAAAUAGCAAAAGAAUGCAAUCUAGACUUUGAUAUUAUUUGGAAUUCCGGUCGAAGACAUGUCAAUAUUAAAGAAAGCGAAACCGAUCAGGAUAAUGAAGAAGAGAUAGAAGAGGAAUUACGAUAAUUGAGCGCAUUAAAUAUGUAAAGUAAUAAAAUUUGUGAUGAAUAGCAUCCAUCCUAUAAGUCACCUAUCUUUUUAAUCCUCGGUGAUCGUUCACUGGGAUAAAAAUUGUUCCAUAUACUAUUGCACAUAAACCCGCAUGCAUAAAAUUUAUUCAAUAUUUUUUAUACAUAAUUACUUAAGAAAAGGCACAGAGUUAAAAUGUAUGUGAAAAUAAAAAUAAUAAGCUUUAUAAGAAAUGCGGAUGUGGAUAAGGUAUUUAAUUUUUAUUUUAUUCAAACUUUCUAUUUGCGUAAUGUACAGACGUGAAAUUGCUGAAGUUACAAUAUCAAUCGAUGUACCAUUCUUGUAUCAUUUACCCUAUAAUUCCACAUGUGUUUGACAGCUGUCAUCAAAUAAGUGAAGCAAAGACUAGAAAAUA